AUGGUAAGAAGGGCUAGCGAGCAAGGCGAGGAGGGCAGUGCGCAACGAGGGACGAACCAAACGACGACGGGGUUGGGGGGCGACGGCGGCGAUGGUGAUGAUGAAGAGACAGACGAAGAAGCAACGAGGCAGUGCCGGUGGAUAGAGCAAGAGGACGAAUUACAAAAGAAGCGGCAUGCAAUUUGCCAUCGAGGCACUAGGGAGAGGAGCUGGGCAGACUGGCGCGAGAUAGGCCUGGGCUGUCUGAGAAAUAACGAACGUGGUGCCGAAGAAUCCCUGAUCUUCGCCGUUCGUGUUGACGGUCCUUGCUCGUCUUGCAGCGGCGACGGUGGGCCGGGGGGGGGUGGACAGGACGGGCAGUGCUAA